GUCGAAUUAAAAAAACACAGGGAUGAGAGGCGUAGCACCAAUAAACCCUGAGAAGAAGAUGGAAUGUUCCGUCAAAGAAUCAGAUUACUACGAAGGCGAACGUCUAACUCAUCUUCUCGGCUUGGUUCAAAGAGGAAUUGAAACGUCCAAGACCUCGAAUGUGAACUCAUUGCCUGACAAGAUAUGGCUAAAGAAACAAAUAGCGAUUGGGAUCAACGAAGUCACGCGUGUUCUUGAGAGGAUGAAACCAAACCCUAACGACACUAAACAACCUCCGGUUCAACUUCAGGUAGUGAUAGUCGUAGCAGAUUGUAAACCGAGGAUCCUAACCAAGCAUAUACCAAACUUAGCUGCUUCAAGGAACGUCCCUGUUCUCUAUAUCAGAGACAACAAACGAGCCUCUCUCAGAUUAGGAGAGUUAGUCAAGCUCAAGACAGCUCUAGCUAUUGGCGUCAAGGCGAGAGGGACCGAUCUCAACCUAUUACUCCAACAGAUUCUUCCCAAGAGAUAGAUACUUCUUGAUCUGGUUUUUGUUUUGUCUCUUUCUCAGUUUGUUUGUUAUAUACAUUAUAAAUAAGGUUGACAAACAAAUUCUAGAGAUUCCCAGUUUUGGUCCAUGUAUCCAAAAAGGUAUUUGCUACUGUUACCCACUCUUAGGCACUAGCAACUGAGGAUGGCUCAUCUGCAACGCCAACUUGAAUAGACUUAUCCACUUGUUUGCUUGGUUUCCCGUUCUGAGACUUCUUGUCUUGGUCCUUCUUUACCAUCACUGGUUGAAACUGUUGAGAAAAUACAAAGUGAUUAAAAAAAGUGAACCGUUGAAACUGUUGAGAAAAAAAAAAGUGAUUAAAAAAAGUGAACCAGUAUCUGUA